AUGGAAGGACAAGUAGGGGAUUCAAACAUUGAUCUUAACGAAGGAGAGGAUUUGACAUCAAAACUUCCCGAUCCUGUUCUUGCUUUGAUAAUUUCUUUUCUUCCCAUUAAGAAUGCAGUGAGAACAAGUGUUCUCUCUCCACGGUGGAAAAGGCUGUGGAAGACCACACCAACCCUCAAUUUCGACCACAAGCUUAUGCUGAACCCCCAACUUCAAACAUCUCUUCACUCUUUGACUCCAACCUUGCUAGCAGCAAUUGACAAUGCAGCAAAUCUAAUAUGCUCACCGCUAGAUAAACACGCUGGUAGUUUAGAAAGAUGCAAAAUUGUGCAUCUCAUUGAAAGUUGUCAAAAUGAGCAUGCAAAAUUUUGGAUGGUGAAACUCAUAGAGGAAAAGAGGGUGAAGGAGCUUUCUAUGUAG